AUGAGUGAAAUAUUAUAGUAAGAGGAUGAAAUUUAAUUAGAUCAAGAAAACAUAAGAGGAUAUCUAGAUGAUCAAAUUCUAGGAUAGAUAGUUGAACAAUAUUAGCAUUAAGGACUUACAAACUAAACAAUAACAUAAUAUACUUAGCUAGUAUCAAGAGGUUGCUAAUUAUUGCAUCCAUUAUUACCGAAGCUACCAGACUAGAAAGGAGUAAAAUUUAUAAGUUAACAAGAAUUACUCAAUUUAGAUAAAACUUUGUUGGGUCGACUUGAAAGUGAUUAGAGGUUUAGAACAUAAAGAGAGAAGAUUAUGCGUAACCAUUCUCAAUCCUAUGUGCGAAAAUUCAAUCUGACUGAUAAAAGUCAGUCUAUGUUGAAUGACAGCUGUUGCUUAAAAGAAUAGAUUGCGUUUUAAUUGGAUCAUAAUAAAACUUAAUUAAGGUAUUAGGAGGAGCAGUAGAAACAAAGUAUAUUGAGAACAACGUUCGCUAGAUCUAGAUCAUAUAAUCAAAAUAAAUUACCAAAAAUAAAAACUUAUCCUGCCAAAAUUGAUGAGGAAGGAUAAAUUAUGCCAGCCAUUAAAGCUAAAGUUAUACAAGUUCAGUAACCUGAAGAAGAGUUCACAAUUCCUACCCACUAUUUAGGUUGGAUAGAUGCGUUCUAUGGAAAAUGGAGACCUUAAAUGAGAGAAGGAGCUUCCUUGAAUAAUGUCUUAGGAAAACUAUAUUUAUUUGGAGGAAUAAGUAGCAAACCAUUUAAUGAUGUCGUUAUUUGGGAUCAUAAAGAGUGGUUCUAACCACAGAUAAUAGGAGAGAAGGCUCCAUUUGGUCGAACCAAUCAUAUUCACUGUGUUUUUAGAAGGAACAUCUACAUAUUUGGAGGUGAGAAACCAUAUGAUGGUUAAUAGAAGAUAAGGGAAAGUACUAAUGAUUUUAGAGUCUUUAAUACAGAAAAUAAUGAGUUCAAAGCAUUAAGGUUUGGAGGAGAAUUAAUUGAAGGGAGAAGGGGAGCAUCAGGAGCUAUUGUAGGAAAGCAUAUUAUUAUCCAUGCGGGUAUCAACACUAAAGGAAGAUAUUUAAGUGAUUUAUAUCACUAUGAUAUUUUGAACAAUAAAAUGUUUUUAAGUUAGGUUGAGUAGAAUGACUUUUUUACUAAUGGAAUUGCUUUUCAUACACUCAUCUCUGUCUUUAGUAGUUAAAGAAAUAUCCAAAUUUAUAAAAACUACAUGGACCCAGAGGAAAUGAAGGAAAUCAAAUAUAAAGUAGAGGGAGUAUACUUGUUUGGAGGAGAAUCUAAAAUAGGAACACUGUAUUCUGGCUUAUACAUGCUGAAUCCUUGUACUCGUCCAAUGUAAUGGUCUUUGGUGUCUGGCAAAGGAUAAUUACCAAUUAGUAGAUAUAAACAUUCUGCUUCAUAUUGUGAUAGGUAGGGAAUUAUUAUUAUUUAUGGUGGCAUAAGCGAAUCAUCUACUUUCUUGAAUGAUUGUCACAUUUUCAAAAUUGAAACUCAAUCUUGGAGCAAAGUCGAUUUAGACCUCAAAGAAGGAAGAGCAGGUCAUUCUGCUGUUGUGGAUGAUCAUAAACUUAUUAUUUUCGGAGGCUAUAACGAAACUGGAUUUCUUAGUGCAGACUUUUAGAUUCUAGAAAUCGAUUCCAUGAUUGCCUAUCGAAAUAGAAGAUAAGCCAAUAUAGUUAAUCAUCCUUCAACAGAUCCCUUAUAAUCAUAGACAACGAAUCAGAAUGUCAAAACAAAGCACUAAAUUUACACUGACAGAAUGAGUAAAAUUAGAGAGUAGGUUGCUAGUCUUUCUUAUAAUAUUAAAUCUUUCAUACCUAAACCUAUCAUCAAAUAAAUAUCUGCCAAGAAUCUCAACAAAAUUAAUAAAGAAUAAAUGCUAUUUUCUUAAAGGUUGAAUGAAGAGACUUCUGAAUUAAUCAAGGAUUUUGAUUACGUAGAAGAAAGCAAAGAUGAAAUGAAGGCCUCUGCUAAGUUGGAUGGCUCUCCACAUUCAAAUAAAAAACUUACUGAUAGGCGCUCAAUUUCAACUAGAAAUACAUAACCAUUUUCCCAUUGA